ACGCCCACAAACGUCACCAGCUGCCGCUGUCAAUCAUCCAGAAGUUCCGCUCGCAAAACGCCGGUCCAGUUUCUGACCGAUAAAUCCUAUUUCAGCGCAUUUUAUACGACAUGAAUGUUCAGCACUUUAAAUAUGAUUAAACGUGGAUGUUUGACAGGUGUCAAUGUUAACAUUGUAACUUUUAUCGCCACAGUUUGAGCGUAACCUAGCACGUUAGCAGCUAGCUGUUAUUAAACUUCUGACACUAGACAGUGUGAAAUAUUAGAGAUGCGAUGCUGCUGGUUUAUUGAAACAUUUUGAUUUGACUGUGAGGUGCGUCAUCACUUCUGAGGAUGUUCUGGGUUCAGCUGAUGCUCCUCUGGACUCUUAUGGUGAGGUGUUUGUGUCAGGUGAAUGGACACAACGGGAUGGACUUCUCAGUCCUGCCGUCCCUCAGUCGUCCCGCAAACGCCAGUCACGUGUUCUACAGCGUCAUGUUUGACGCCGGCAGCACAGGCACACGUGUUCACAUCUACACCUUCACACGCAAACAUCCAGAUGAAAUGCCGGUGUUGGAUAAGGAAGCGUUUGAUUCUGUGAAGCCCGGUUUAUCAGCGUAUGCAGACACACCUGAGAUUGCUGGAGAGACGUUACGAGAGUUACUGAGAGUCGCUGCGAGAGCCGUUCCUCCGGACCGAUGGAAGAGAACUCCGGUGAUCCUGAGAGCCACCGCUGGGUUCCGACUUCUGCCACCGGCCAAAGCUCAAGCACUCUUACAGCAGGUGCGAGAUGUGUUUGAUGAAUCUCCUUUUUAUGCGCCGGCUGACAGCGUUGGCAUCAUGGACGGAACAAACGAAGGUGUUCUUGCGUGGGUCACAGUCAACUUUCUGACAGGUCAGCUUCAGGCCAACACACAGACCACAGCUGGAAUACUGGACCUGGGUGGAGGUUCAACUCAAAUCACUUUCCUUCUCAAGUCAACAAACGCUAUUGAAAGAGCCGAUCCGGAUUACAUCACAAGAUUCCACAUGUUUAACUCCACCUAUCAGCUCUACACACACAGUUACCUUGGUAACGGAAUCAAAGCUGCUCGGCUGUCGGCUCUGGGCUCAGAAGGUCUGGAGAGGAACGUUUUCAGAAGCUCUUGUUUGCCCCAAAAGUCCACAGAAGACUUUAGCUUUGGAGGCUUCACUUAUCACGUCAGCGGCAUCACAGAAGGAGAGAGCAGAUUUCAGAUGUGUUAUCAGGAAAUGCUGAAGGUUGUGAAGGGGAUCAUUAAACAGCCGCAUGGCUUGAAAAACAGCUCCACUUUUUAUGCCUUCUCUUAUUAUUUCGAUCACGCUGUGGAAGCCGGACUCAUCGAUGAAGUGAAAGGUGGAGUUGUGAAGAUCCGAGACUUUAAGAGACGAGCUAAAGAGUUGUGCAGCGGAGCGUCUGAACUCAAUCAAGUCAAUGCUUUUCUGUGUAUGGAUCUCACGUACAUCACAUGUCUGCUCAUAGAUGGCUUCGGUUUUAAAGACAGCACCGUUCUGAAGCUAACCAAGAAGGUGAACGAUGUAGAAACCAGCUGGGCUUUGGGAGCCGCAAUUAACCACUUUUACAAAUUCAAGAUUCACUGAAAAACAUUCAGAGCUGUGUAACGCUGCUAUUUCUGCUUUUGUGUGUGGUGUUUUUGCCUUUCUUUAUACCGUUUUUAGUGAGAAAGAGAAGGAGGUGGGAUCGGGAAAGGACCAUGAGAUGGAAUCGAACCCGGGUCGUCCGAUACGAGUCGGAGCACUGACGAUAUUUCAGUUUUAAUGUUCAUUUUAGCUUUUUAGUUGCUGUUUCUCCACACGAAACCUUAUAAAAACAUGUGAAGAACAUCAUAAAGAACCUGUCCUGAUCCCAUAUCCAACCUUUAGAAGAAAUUACAACCAGUUUUCAUGUUCGUUUUUCAUUGAAUGUUCAGAGUCAUUACUAGCCGAUUUUUAACCCUUUAAAUGCUGGUUUGUUUACAUAAUGCUACUAAAGUUUUUAGGAAAAGAUUGUCAUUAUUUUGCAUGUGGUAAAUGCUAAGCAGCUUUUUUUAUUACAGUCUUGGAUAUGUCAGUUAACAUAACAACAUUACUUUUGAUGCUUUAGUUUUUUUCUCAGCAGUGUCAGAUGAAAAACCUCACACUUAAGUCCAUAGAUGACAAACGUGUCCAUGCCCAAAAACUCAUAAAUUAUUAUAUAUUAAUCUUUUUUCCACUUUUACUGACCUGUAUUUUUACCCAUUUAAAUGCUGGUUUGUUUAUAUAAUGCCCCUGUUUCCUUUAAGUGAAUACAAAUCUGCUGUGGCUCAUAUAAACAGAAUUUGUAACUCACUGUACAGUAAAAUGUCUUUUAAACUGUACACAGACACACAAACUACGCUUUGACAUCUACAUUAACACACAAACACAAUUAUAGUUGCAUCUUUUGUUCAGUUUUGUUAUUUUUAUUGUUCAAUAAAAAUAAAGUGUUUGCGCCACAGACCAAACUGCUCCAUCAGGAGAAAUACUUGAAAACGUAGACAUUUCAUGAAUCUUUGCGAACACGAUGAAAGCAUUUUAACACAUAAUGCAUGAUUUCUUCUUAAAUAUUUGUAUGAGUUUCAAAUGCAUACAUUUAAUUGUCCUUAAAGCCUGAGUGUGACUGUUGUGUGUAACUAAAUUAAAAAAUGUAAGUUUUAAUAAGAAUAUAAACAUUCCAGCAAGACACACACUUUUACAAAUCGUGUGCUGUCCGUGUUCACAAACAAAUUCAGAUUCAUAUUCCACUUGUGGUGAUAUUGCAGCAAUUAAAUCAUGAAUGUAAACGGGCUUGAAAUGAACAUCGAUCACAAAUAUCUGCAUCAGACAUCACAACACAAAUCCACGUCUUUCUGAGACCUAGAGAAGAACUAAACACUUUCUAACUUCUUUAUCAACGUUUACAGUAAAUGAUUCCAAUCUAUCGUGAAUCAGAAAGAUGUCAGUAAUGUUUCUAACAUUCUGUUGUCUUAUUUCUUCUGGUUUUAUUUGUGUGGUUGACCAACGUAUUUACAGUUUUUGCCCAUUGCUUGAACACUUUUUGCAAAACGUCGGCUCAUUGUGUCAAAACUUUACACACAAGACACAACACUGGGAAAUAAACCAUUCACAUCUGUCGGAUUGAAACUCUGCUAUCAAAACCUAACAAUCUUUUGUCAAAAUGUCAUGACAAAAUGAUACACACAUGCAUCAUAUGAAUACACUUUCAGAUUAGCAGCAACACACUAUUUAAUUGUCACUGUUUUUAUUCAGUGCAUCAGUUAGCAUUCUGUGAAGCUCAAUGCAACACUUAUGGUUUUGCCCAACAAAGCUUUUCACAACAACCAAAAAUGAAAGUACUGAAAGGUUACAAAUGACAUCAACUCAAUACUGUACAUCACAGUACUAUACUUUACAGUACAGUACAGUAAAUGCCGUAACGCAAAAAUAAAACCCAAAAUACACUGUAAAUACAGAAAAACAGGCCAAUUGUGCGUGGGUGGGAUUAUGGAUCCUGCCGUCUGUUUGGGUCUGGCCACAGGAUCUCAUCAACAUCACAACAGCCAUGGAUUGACCUUACCUCAAUGUCUCCGCAUGCUUCUUCCAUUGCCUGCCAUGUGGAUGGCGGUCAUAUACGCACCAUCUCCAAGCAGAAAAAGAUUCUUCGAUAGGGUUUAGAAAUGGCGAGUAAGGGGGCAAGUAUACAACUUCGAAUUGAUCAUGGUUGGUGAACCAGUCCCGGACCAGAGUGGAAACUAACAUUAUCCCAGACAACAACAAGCCUGGGCUGCUCUGAUCUGUCCUGUACAACUGCAUCAUGAAGUGCAUCGCGAAAUGUGAGAAUAUGUUGCGUAUUGUAGGGACCUAGUUUGGCGUGAUGGUGCAGUAGCCCUCGAAGGCUUAUGGCGACACACGUUUCCCCGGGACAGGCACAAUUGCUCUUUGGCCAAUUAUAUUACGACCCCGUACAGGCGUUGCCGACCACCCCAGAAGGUCUUCUAGUCAUUCUGUAGAAAAAUGCAACCACAAAUUGUUAUUGGUCUGGUUCUUUUUUACUGUACGCAGUACUGUAACAUGUCAAUGGUACAGUACUAUGUACUAUACUGUACUGUAUGUUUCACAAAACGACCAUUUGUUGUUACAAAAGGAGCACUAGCCAACUUGCAAUACAGUACAUGUGAUACGGUACAGUACUGUAAAUACUGUAGAUACAGUCUGGAGUAGAGAGUUGAAGACAUGCCUGAAUGUCCUUGUGAUGGAUGCAUCUGUGACCCGGCUUAGAUGUGGCUUCCCUCAUUGUCAGGCCGUGAUUUAUCACAUGAUCCACCAAAGUUGCUCUAAUAUCAUCUGAAAUAUUGUUCCGAGCAUAGCCUCUUCCACACGUCCUACUCCUCUCUCUCUCUCUCUCUGUCUUCCUCUAUCUCUACCUCUCCCUGCUUGCAAAGUUCUCAAAGUGAGGUCUAUUUGUGGCUGGCUGAUUGGUGUUCAGUUUUGUAAGUAUUUUCAGGUGUGUGUCUAAAGGUUUUCAAUCACCCAAUGUGUUUUGUAUUUUGAUGAGAUGUGUUUUCCCAAUGGUACCCAUGAGAUUUCAUUUAUGAACGAAGUGUCUUAUGUAUGAAAUAGUGUGUAGUGUGCAGGAGCAAGCAAAAAAUCUGCCAAUGGGGU